AUGGAUAUCACGCUCAUCAAAUCACCCUCAGGAAACAUCACGGGAGGCAUAUACUUCACUUAUGAUCCCUCCGGUUCCGCUGCCUAUAGCUUUGUGGCACUUUUCGGAUUAUGUACUAUUGCACAUUUUAUCUACAUGUUUCCCUUACGCUCAUGGUUUUUCGUAAGCUUUAUCUUAGGCGGGAUAUGCGAAACUUUCGGAUACUAUGGCAGGAGUAAGUGUCAUAACAACGUCAGCGAUAUUGGUCCUUGGAUCCUUCAAAUGAUUCUUAUCCUCGGUGCCCCGACUUUCCUUGCAGCCACCGUCUAUAUGACCCUCGCACGAAUCACCAUUGCUCUGGGUGCAGAAAAAUACUCGAUGAUCAGCCCACGAUGGUUGACCAAAAUAUACGUCUUGAUCGACAUCGUCUGUUUUGUCAGCCAAUUUGCCGGUGCAGGAGUCCAAGCUUCAGGCAACACGCAAGCCAUCGCUAUGGGAAACAAAGUCAUUUUUGGAGGUCUCAUAUUUCAAAUCAUAGCAUUUUGCUUCUUCCUCUUCAUGGCUUGGCGUAUCGCAGCCCGUUUCGAGCAGAAUCAAGAGAAUUACCCGGGCAGCAAUCGUUAUGUGGACAGCACAUGGAAGAAAUAUUUUCGGGCAUUGUAUGCAGUCAGUAUACUGCUCAUAGUUCGAAACUUGGUGCGUGCAAUCGAGUAUGCGCAACAGGUUAAUAGUGGAGGGUUUACAUAUGCCAUGAGAAAUGAUGAUGGAUCUCUCACGUAUAUCGGAAAACAUACUAUGACGAUUGGAGAUAAGGAAGCAUUUCUCUAUGUCUUUGAUGCUGCGUUGAUGUUCUUGGUGGUCUUCAUCUUUCUUAUCAUCCAUCCAGGGAAAUUCAUCAAGGAUAAUCGUAUUAUGAGGGCGAAAAGGAUAUCAAAUACAGAGAUGGAGGGUUUGACAAAAUGA